UAGCGGAAGUGCCCACAGUUAGAGCGAACGCAUUUCAGAGUGAAAGUUGUCUCCACCUGGAACGACCCGGAAUACAGUUAGUGUUUUCCUCGGCUUUGCCAUUUUCCUCUUGGAAAAAUGAAACGUAAGGAAAAAAGACUCCUACAGUUCGCUGGCUUGCUUAUAGCGGCUCUUCUUUUCCUACCAAACGUGGGUCUCUGGUCCUUGUACCGAGAUCGAGUGUUUGAGAACUCGGCAGAGAUAGUCGAAGGACCCGGUGGUAUCCCCCAGAUACAGGGCUUGAACGUGAGGCCCAGAAAGGAUGAUGGCGUGAGGAGGAAAGACUGGCACGACUACAAAGCCAUCAAACGAGACGCAGCCCGUUCAGGUAACGGGGAGCAGGGGAAGCCGUUUCCUCUGACAGACGCAGACCGCGUGGACCAGGCAUACCGGGAGAACGGGUUUAACAUUUACGUGAGCGACCGGAUCUCCCUCAACCGCUCGGUCGCCGACAUCCGCCACCCGAACUGCCAGCAGAAGCUUUAUGCAGAGAAGCUGCCCAACACCAGCGUCAUCAUCCCCUUCCACAACGAGGGCUGGUCUUCCCUGCUGCGCACCGUGCACAGCGUGCUGAACCGCUCCCCGCCCCAGCUCAUCGCCGAGGUCAUCCUGGUGGACGACUUCAGCGAUAAAGAGCACCUGAAGGCGUCUCUAGAGGAGUACAUGGUGCGCAUUCCCAAGGUCCGCAUCCUGCGCACCAAGAAGAGGGAGGGGCUAAUCAGAACAAGGCUGCUGGGGGCGGCGGCCGCCAAGGGGGAGGUGAUCACGUUCCUGGACUCUCACUGCGAGGCCAACGUCAACUGGCUCCCACCGCUGCUGGACCGGAUCGCCCAGAACCGCAAGUCCAUUGUGUGUCCCAUGAUCGACGUGAUCGACCACGAUAACUUCGGCUACGAGACCCAGGCGGGCGAUGCCAUGCGUGGGGCCUUCGACUGGGAGAUGUACUACAAGCGCAUCCCCAUCCCAGCCCGGCUGCAGAAGGACGAUCCCAGUGAACCUUUUGAAUCACCUGUAAUGGCAGGUGGCCUUUUUGCUGUGGACAGGAAGUGGUUCUGGGAGCUUGGAGGAUAUGACACGGGUCUGGAGAUCUGGGGGGGUGAACAGUACGAGAUCUCCUUCAAGGUGUGGAUGUGCGGGGGACGCAUGGAGGAUAUCCCCUGCUCCCGCGUUGGACACAUCUACAGGAAGUACGUCCCCUACAAGGUCCCAGGAGGGGUCAGCCUGGCCAGGAACCUGAAGCGUGUGGCGGAGGUGUGGAUGGACGAGUACGCUGAGUUCAUUUACCAGCGGCGGCCGGAGUACCGGCACCUGUCGGCCGGAGACAUGGGUGCCCAGAAGGAGCUGCGUAGCUCCCUGCACUGCCACGACUUCCGCUGGUUCAUGAGCGAGGUGGCCUGGGACCUGCCCCAACACUACCCCCCUGUGGAGCCCCCCGCGGCAGCCUGGGGCGAGGUGCGGAACGUGGGUAAUGGGAUGUGUGUGGAGAGUAAGCACUUCUCCUCGGGGUCGCCCAUCCGGAUGGAGACGUGUCUAAAGGGCCGGGGCGAGACAGGCUGGACUCACGGGCAGGUCUUCACGUUGGGCUGGAGAGAGGAUAUCCGGGUGGGCGACCCCAUGCACACAAAGAAGGUCUGCUUCGAUGCCAUCUCCCACAACAGCCCUGUUACCCUCUACGACUGCCACGGCAUGAGGGGCAACCAGCUCUGGAAGUACAGACAGGAUAAGACCAUCUAUCACCCCAUCAGUAACAGCUGUAUGGACAGCAGUGCCUCUGAGAAGAAAGUAUUCAUGAGCACGUGUAACCCCAAGUCCCCGAGUCAGCAGUGGACAUUCGAGAAGACCAACGCCACCAUUCUGGAGCAGUUCAGCCACAACAACAACUGAAGCACAGUGGAGCUCCUCCACCCCGGGGGGCCAGGGGGGUUAGGGUCCUGGUGAGAGUGUUACCCAGCAGACCAGUCUAGAAUUUACCAGUAAAAAAAACACACUUUGGCAGAUGAGAUGACUUCAGAGGUGGCGUGGCUUCAGCGAGAUCAGAUGUGUCACACGCUCUGACCGUCUUUCUCUCUCUUCUCACCACCUGCCAUACCUGCCAGCACACAGAUGUCACUGCCCGCAUGUCCGUGUUGAUUGCACACGUGUGCGAUGCAGUUCCUACCGACCCCCGAGAGACCCUGUGCCCCCCCCCCCCCCCAAAUCUAGCUGUAGAUAAGAGAUCCCCUGUGUCAUACUUAUUUCCUCAAAAACACAAACAUUGGAAAACACCUUUGGCAAAUCUCCUGUUUGUGAAAUGUGUAAAAGUUUGAGGAAUAGCCUGUGGGUUGCAGCACUGCGGGUUGCAGCACUGUCCACUGCGAUUGGAAAUUAGUGUGAGCUCAUAAAGGUUAUAGUAAAAUGCAUCUGAUUAUUGUUUUACACAGCGUGUGUCCGUACAUGAAUGCUAACCGGAUGAGCAGCCAGCUGUGCAGAUGAACUGGACUAAAUACAGUGGCGGUAAAGCCGUCUACCAUUAGCUGCUCCAGGUGAGGAGACUGAUGAGUAUGUAAAAAAAAAAAAAAAAAAAAAAAAAAGGGCGGCAUGACUGGGACCCGCAAAGUCGAUGGUUCGAUCCCCGGUGUAGCCACAAUAAAAGAUCCGCACAGCCAUUGGGCCCUUGAGCAAGGCCCUUAACCCUGCAUUGUCUCCUGCUUAGUCUAAUCAACCAACGUCACUCUGGAUAAGAGCGUCUGCCAAAUGCCAUUAAUGUAAUGUAAUGUAUUUGAUCCUAGACUGGUUUGCCCAAACGCUACGCGAGGGAGUUGGAGUUAGGGUGUGG